AUGGUUUUGUCUCAUGGUCGGCCGUUAGGGGAAGAAAGCGAGGUGGUAAUCACUGAAAUUUUGGAAUUUGAGGAAUUUCUCGUAGACAAGUUAGAUGGUACAGUCUCUUAUAACAAAUCUUACCCAACUUCUGGUCCUCCUCGACCUCCCGUCUUUCUCAGUUUCCUUAACUUCACACCAAACUACGUCUACCAACAACUAUACAACCAAUUUAACGAUCAUGUCGUGCGCGAAGAAAUCACUGAUCAGAUUGUAGUCCAAGCUUUACGAGAACGUAAAACUUUGGCCUCACAACGACAACACUUGUGCAUGAUGGUCGUCCUCAAAUUGACCCAGCAGGUUUUCAACGUCGCACCUUCUAUUUCGAGACAAGAGACCGUUGUAGUAGAAUUGGAAACGGACAAGUGUUCUAACUGUUUGGAGAAUCUGUUGGACUCGGACACAAAUCCCAUACACGUAUUGCCUAAUCGUGUGCAUCUGUUCCACGAAAAAUGUGUUAGCAACUGGAUAAAUCGACGUAACUCAUGUCGUGAAGCUGUUUAUAGACAGCCAGAAUGA